AUGAAAUUUAAUAAUAAUAUAGAAGAUAAUAUUUUUCAACAAUUUAAGAUUGCAAAUGAAAAUCAAGAAAAAGCAAUCAAAUCUCAAAAACAAGAAUUAUUAGAAUUACUUUCAUCAAGCGAGUCUCAUUCACAAUCUUAUCCUAAUUUAUUAAAAUCUAAUGAAUCAAGUAUCAAUACUUAUGAUAUAGAUUCUAAAGAAUUAAAUUCAAAAUCAAAUGACAAAUUACAUAAUAAUAAAAUAGAUGAUAACGUUUUUCAACAAUUUAAGAUUGCAAAUGAAAAUCAAGAAAAAGCAAUCAAAUCUCAAAAACAAAAAUUAUUAGAAUUACUUUCAUCAAGCGAGUCUCAUUCACAAUCUUGUUAUAUUAGUCGAAGUAUUCAUACUCUUCACGGAUUACAUAAUUCAUUAGAAGAUAUAAAAUCUGGAAAAUCUCAAGAUCCUAAUUUAUUAAAGUCUAAUAAAUCAACUGCUUCAAGUAUCACUACUUAUGAUAUAGAUUCUAAGGAAUUAGAAGAAUAUCUCGCCAGACAUAGAAGAAUUCACACUUGUGAACGUCCAUAUACACUCACUG